AUGGCGCCCCUCGUCGAUAACCCCCAGGUCAAGGCCGCCGAGCUUUGGAAGCCCUUGCCCCUCUACCUCCACACCUACGUGUGGCCUUUCGCCAUUAUCUGGCCCGUCUUCCUACGUUACUAUCUGACGGCCGAGCUGUACGAGAAACACAUCUCUUCCGAAGAAUGGACUUUCGUCUGGAUCGCCUCCAUCGUCACGCUUCAAACCCUCGCUUGGUUGUGCACCCACUGGAGCGUCAACCUUCAGACCCUCUUCACAGCUUCGCGAGCCAAAUCCAUCCAAGACGCCGAGCUGAUCAAGGUUGUGCCUAUCGCUAACGCGGGGACUGCCGAUGUUUGUGAAAUCAUCCGCGACCAGGUUGGCGGCAAGACAAACAUCUCGUUCCUUUUCCAGAAGAGACGCUUUCUGUACGACCCGGCAGAUCAGUGUUUCCGCACACUUACCUACGACAUCGAUGCCGAGCCGAAACCCAACAUUGGCAAAUACCAAAAGUCCAAGGGCCUGACCACCCAGGCUGAAGCGACCAGGCUGGAAGAACAUUAUGGCACGAACACCUUCGAUAUUCCCGUGCCCACCUUCACCGAGCUCUUCAAGGAACAUGCUGUUGCCCCCUUCUUUGUCUUCCAAGUGUUCUGUGUCGGUCUUUGGAUGCUUGACGAGUACUGGUACUACUCUCUCUUCACCCUCUUCAUGCUCGUCACCUUUGAGAGCACCGUCGUUUGGCAACGCCAGCGCACCCUCAACGAAUUCCGCAGCAUGAGCAUCAAGCCCUAUGAGAUCUAUGCCUAUCGCGCUGGGAAAUGGACCGAAAUCAUGAGCGACAAGCUUCUGCCCGGCGAUCUCGUCUCAGUCGGACGCACAAAGGAGGACAGUGGCGUUGCCUGCGACAUGCUGCUCGUCGAGGGUACGGCCAUUGUCAACGAAGCCAUGCUGUCGGGAGAGAGCACCCCGCUCUUGAAGGAAUCUAUCCAGCUGCGCCCCGCAGAUACCCCCAUAGAGCCCGAGGGCCUGGACAAGAACGCCUUCCUCUGGGGCGGCACCAAGGUCCUCCAGGUCACGCACGGUAACCCGGACGAGCCUAAGCCCAAGCUGGCUUCCGGGGUUCCUCCUCCUCCCGACAACGGCGCCAUGGCCAUUGUUCACAAGACCGGCUUCGAGACAUCCCAGGGGAGCCUCGUCCGGACCAUGAUCUACUCGACCGAACGUGUCUCUGCCGGCAAUGCCGAGGCUCUUUUCUUCAUUCUCUUCCUCCUCAUCUUUGCCAUCGCCGCCUCGUGGUACGUCUGGGACGAGGGUGUCCGGAAAGACCGCAAGCGCUCCAAGCUCCUCCUCGACUGCAUUUUGAUCGUCACGAGCGUCGUGCCGCCCGAACUGCCCAUGGAGCUGAGUCUGGCCGUCAACACUAGUCUGGCCGCUCUGGCGAAACUGGCCAUUUUCUGCACUGAACCGUUCCGCAUUCCCUUUGCCGGGCGCAUCGACGUCGCCUGCUUCGACAAGACGGGCACCCUGACCGGCGAGGAUCUGGUUGUCGAGGGCAUUGCCGGUCUAGGUCUGGGCCACUCGGGAACCGAUACCCCUCGGGAAUCCGAUGGCGCCCAUUCCCACCUGACACCUGUCAAACAGAUCGGCCUCGAGACCACUUUGGUGCUGGCAUCGGCCCAUGCUCUCGUGAAACUGGACGACGGCGAAAUUGUCGGCGAUCCCAUGGAGAAGGCUACCCUGGCCUCCCUGGGGUGGAUGCUCGGGAACAAUGAUACGCUUAGGGCCAAGCCCGCUACGGUGGCUGCCACGGGAAUUGAUGGCACCGUUCAGGUCAAGCGUCGCUUCCAAUUCUCCUCCGCCUUGAAACGACAGAGCUCUGUUGCGACCGUCAACGGCUUGGACAGGACCGGGAAGAAGCUCCGUGGCACCUUUGCCGGUGUCAAGGGAGCACCCGAGACCAUCAUGAAGAUGCUUGCCACUGUGCCGGCGAACUACGAGGAGACCUACAAGUUCUUCACCCGCCGCGGAUCCCGUGUUCUUGCGCUGGCCUACAAGCAGCUCACCACGGAUGGUGAACUUGCGGCGUCCAGAAUCAACGACCUGAAGCGGGAAAAGGUAGAGGCCGACUUGACCUUUGCUGGUUUCCUCAUCCUCUCCUGUCCCCUCAAGGAAGACGCUAAACAGGCGGUCCAAAUGCUCAACGAAAGCAGCCAUCGCGUUGUCAUGAUCACUGGAGACAACCCCCUCACCGCCGUGUAUGUGGCGCGCGAUGUCGAGAUUGUGGAUCGCGACGUGUUGAUUCUCGACGCUCCGGAAGACGCCGAUGCCGCACAUCAGCUUGUCUGGCGUAGCGUCGACGACCAAGUCAACAUUCCCGUGGAUCCGUCCAAGCCUAUCGACCCGGAGAUUAUCAAGUCCAAGGAUCUCUGCGUGACCGGUUACGCCCUGGCCAAGUUCAAGGGCCAACCCGCAUGGAACUCGCUACUUCGACACACCUGGGUCUACGCCCGUGUGUCGCCGAAGCAGAAGGAAGACAUCCUGCUCGGACUCAAGGACAUGGGCUACUACACUUUGAUGGCCGGUGACGGAACCAACGACGUCGGCGCGCUCAAGCAAGCCCAUAUCGGUGUUGCUCUUCUCAACGGAACCCAGGAGGAUCUUGUCCGCAUUGCGGAACACUCCCGGAACACGAAGAUGAAGGAAGUAUACCAAAAGCAGGUCGAUCUGAUGGCUCGCUUCAACCAGCCAGCGCCUCCUGUGCCCGUCAUGAUCGCCCAUCUCUUCCCGCCUGCGCCUAACAACCCCCAUUACCAGAAGGCCAUCGAACGCGAGGCAAAGAAGAAGAACGUCACUCCCGAGCAAUACGCCAAAUCGCUAGGCCACGACAUGGAGACCGUCACGUCGCCCGGCGCGCAGCAGCUUCUGAACCAGGACCCCAGGGACGCGAGACGACUCGCCCAGGCCCAGAAGAACGCCUCUUCGCUCGCCGACAAGAUGACGACCUCUAUGCUGGAAAGCGAGCUUGCCGACGACAACGAGCCCCCGACCCUGAAGCUCGGCGACGCAUCCGUGGCGGCGCCUUUCACGAGCAAGCUCCGCAACGUCAUCGCCGUGCCAAACAUCAUCCGCCAGGGACGGUGCACGUUGGUUGCCACCAUCCAGAUGUACAAGAUCCUGGCUCUGAACUGCCUGAUUUCCGCCUACAGCCUCAGCGUCCUGUACCUCGAGGGCAUCAAGUUCGGCGACGGCCAGUACACCAUCAGUGGCGUUCUGAUGAGCGUUUGUUUCCUGUCGCUGUCUCGCGCUCGCGUCGUCGAGGGCCUUUCCAAGGAGCGACCGCAGCCUCACAUUUUCAACUUUUACAUUAUUGGCUCCAUUCUUGGCCAGUUUGCCGUUCACGUCGGGACCCUGAUUUACGUCGCCAGGUUCUGCGACCGUCUUGCGCCUCGCUCGGAUGAUGUCGACCUGGAGGCCGAGUUCUCUCCCAGCCUCCUCAACAGCGCCGUCUACCUCCUCCAGCUCAUCCAGCAGAUCAGCACCUUCGCGAUCAACUACCAGGGCCGCCCGUUCCGCGAGUCGCUCUCGGAGAACCGCGGCAUGUUCUACGGCAUCGUCGGCGUGACGGCCCUCGCGUUCUCGUGCUCGAUGGAGCUCGUGCCCGAGAUCAACCAGCAGAUGAAGCUGGUGCCCUUCACCGCCGAGUUCAAGACGACCAUGACGACGGUCAUGCUCUUGGACUAUGCGGCGUGCUGGGCCAUCGAGGUUGUUCUCAAAUGGCUCUUCUCCGACUUCCGGCCAAGAGAUAUCGCCCUCCGCCGGGCCGACCAGCUUGAGCGGGAGAAGGCCCGGAAGGAGGAGGAGGCGAGGAGGCUUGCUGAGGAGGAGGAUCGGAAGGAAGCCGAGAAGAUCGAGGAGCUGGAGCGGAAGAUCGAGGCAAGGAAGCAGCAAUUACAGGCCUUGCGGCAGGGGGGUCAGCCAGGGCGGUAG